AUGUUUGGAACGCUGCGCUACCUCCCCGAGAAGAAGACCGCGGAGUUCCUCAAGCGUGAGUCAGGGGUUGUGGGUAACACCGCUACCAACAAACCUCAGCACUCGGCCUGCGACAAUUGCAGGGUAAAAAAGAUCCGCUGCAGCGGCCGAAGAGCGGGAUGUUCGCGGUGCAAGACUCUUUCUCUCCCGUGCAGCUAUACCCAUGUCCCCACGCGGAAAUGCAAGAGGAAGCAAGCGCCCAGCUCUUCAAAACCCGACGAGGAGAAUGAGACCUGCCCGGAACCUGGCGGAGCGGCCGGUCGAUCUCCCGCGAGGGACGCAGCCGCAGCUGCCGUGCAGCCGUCCCGGUUGACGAUGAAACCGCAUGGCGUAGACGAGAAUUAUGCCGGGCUCGACAAGGCAAUGCACCAGGUCCAAGGUGACCCAGACUCGGUCCUGGAUCCGAUGCUGAAGGAAUUUUCCACUUGGUCCAGUUGCCUCAGUUGGUCUCCAGGGAGAGAUGGUACCUUUAUGCCGGACUCCGACUACCCAAUGGCGGGGGGUCCACACGUCCCACCCGGUUCCUUUAUUGCUGGUUACACUGGGCCGGAAAAUACUGCACAGCAGCCCCCGCCGCCCGUCGCCCAUGAUCUCACCCCCCCUGAUCUACUUCCGACUCCACCGUUGACCCAUAUUCUUGCCCCAACAGUGACCACAAUCCGAUCGAAUGAGGCGCUUCCGGGGACUGCUAUGGACGAGCAAUCUUCUUGCUCAUGCCUUAACUCGGCCGUCUUCCUCCUGGACGAAUUAGAGUCGCCCCAUCAUGAAGGGAGCCCCGGCGAGCAGGGUCUCGACUCCAUUCUUUCGAUCUACCAGGAAGUGCUCUUCCUGUGCAAGCGCAUGAUCAAAUGUAACCCCUGCCGAGAAAAGUCGGAGAACAUGAUGGUGCUCACCAUGGUGCUUGAGCGAUUAGCCAUUCUCUGCGGGGAGGUGAUUGAUGCUUUCAUCGCACAGAGGGAAGCGAACGGUCCCGGGGCACCGCCCGUGCCCGCAGCCACGAUGGAGAAGCAGCCUUUGGCCCUGGGAGAAUACGAGAUCGAGGGUGGAGACUACGAGGUCAUGAUGGGGGUGCUGGUGACGAGGCGGCUGUCGGAAUUGGAAAGCUUCCUCGCCUGCAUGAAGACGAUCGGCUCCCUCACCCGCCGCGCGCACCAGCAGGCAAGAAUGGCGCGCGUUGAGCAACAUAUCAAGGACUUGUUUCGGAAGCUCACCUCUGUCUGCCCUCUCGUCACAGAAUUGCGGGUCGAUCCGAAGAGGCCAGCGGCCGCGGAUGUUGGGAGAAGCGUGUAA